AUGAGCUUUGAUAAUUACUCUCUUGUUUCCAUGGAAGCUAUGGAAGCUGAUUAUUAAUAAAUUUCUUGCAGUGCAUAAAUUUGCUUUGAAAAUUAUUUGUAAGAAGGAGAAAGAAAAUAGAUUUUCAAGGAAAAUUUGCUUUCUCUUUCCUAAUUUCACUCAUAAUAGUUUGAUCAUGGCACAUUGAAUGGAGUUAAAAAAUAUUGUAGCUUACCUGAAUUUGUUGCUUGCAAAUAUGAUCAGAAAAGCUUAAACAAAAAAUUUAUCAUAAAAUCUGCUAAGAUCAAAUAAUAAUAAUAAUAACUAAUAAAAAUGAAUGAUGUCAAAUAUUUGAUUGAAAGGAUGAAAAGAAUUUAUUAAUUGAAAUAAUUACUCAGUUCGAAUGAGCAGAAAGCUAUGGAAGUAGAAUCAUAUUUUAGUAGUUUAAAAUCUAAAAUUUAACAAAACAUUUCAUACUUCGAUAAAUAUUCUUCUUUUUGGAUUAAAAAAAUACUUGAUAACUAAAUGAAUAAGCAAAUACUAAACCACUCAAUAGAAUAUCAAAAAGAAAUACAAAUCUAAAAUGAGACAAUAAUUGAAGAAAUCAACCACAUCAAAUUCGAGGUUAAGUUUUGUUUAGAAAAAUUAAGAGAAACUCCCAUCUUUGCAGAUAUUUGCUAAAAAAUUCUAAUAAAAUUAGAACAAAAUAAAUUCUCUAAUAAAGAAAUGAAUUAAUCUCAAUCUGAUUUAUUUUUUACAGAAAAAAUUUAUUCAUCCUAUGAGAUAAAUGAAUAAGAAGAAAAUCAAAGUUAAUUUGAAACCCAAGAUACUUUAACAUGCUUGGACUCUGAGAUCAACUAAGGAGAAUUAAAAAACUAAUAAAUGUAAAACUUCAGAUUAUAAGUAGCUUUUGCUGGUGUCAAUUAAUAGAACCUCUGUUAAUACAUUUCUAAAUAAAAUAUGUCGUUAAAAGAUUAAAAAUCCUUUUGCGAGGAGAAUACUGGUAUAGUUGCUUUUUCAACUGCACUAGUUCUAGUAUCUUAAAAAAUUCCUGGUAUUGAUUUAAUUUCACUUGGUUGCGUUGGAUUGAUCUAAUCAAUUGUUAACUUCAGUAACCCUCACAGAACUCUUUCUGGUUGUCUUAGAGAGCAAAGUAUUCUGAUGUCCUAAAUCACUGUAUGUGGAGGUCUUGGAUUAACUGGAGCAGCUAUAGGUUAGGCUCUUAUUCCUGUCCCUGUUUUAGGAGCUUUAGUUGGAGGCUUAGUAAUGGAAUUUUUUGGUAUUUAUUUUUCUUCCAAAAUCAAAGAUUGGAACAUCUCUUCAAAAUAGUAAAAACAAUGCAAUUUCUUUGCUGAAAAUAAUGUUGAAGUAUGUGAAUCUAAUCUAGAUCAAUACUACGAAAUAUUAGACAUCAAAAAAGAAUCAUUAAAAGACAAGAUUGUUCUUCCUAACUAAAACUCAUUGAAUAAUUUACUUGGAAGAAGCAGUAAACAAAUCUAAACAGAAAAAACUUUUGGAGAUAUUGAAAAAUUUUAAAUAUAUCUCCUUUAUUGCUUAUCAUACAUCGGUAAUACAAUAUGGAAAAAUAAUAAAGAAAUAAUGGAAGAAGAAGAAGUCUUUAAUGAAUUAUUUGAAUUAUAAAAUAAUUUGGAAUCCUUCACUGAGUACUUUGAUUUUGAUUAUCUGUCUAUUGGAAAAAAUCUUCAUAAAAUUUUUGAUGAACUGAAAUAAAAGUUAUCUGUUGAUGACAUUAAAAAAAUAAUUGAAGAAAUUGACCCUCUUUAUAUAAAUGGCAACAAUCUUAUUUAAUAACAACAAAAAAAUUCUGUGAUAAAAUACUGCAAAGUAGAAAAAUUUGCUUAGCUUUUGAAAGAAAAAAGUAUUGAUGAAAAAAUAAUUAUUGAGUACCUUCCUAAAUCAAUUUAUAUUUUGAACUCAAACUAAAAACUAGAUCUCUGGUGUACUUAUAUUUGUAUCUAGCUUUUAAACCCAUCAUAUGUCUUCUUAGAUAUUUUCAUGAUGAAAGUCAAUUUCUAACUUGAAUCUAAAAAUUUAUUCUUUUUAGACACAAUUGAUUAAUAUUACCCCAUCAUUAAAGAAAUGUUCGAAGAAAUUUGA